AUGCGAUCCGCAAUCAAUACGCUCAGAAAGCGCGACGUACAGCCAAUACAUAAAUUUCACACCGUUCGAUUACCCCGGUUAAAUAAAAACCUGCACCUCCGAGACGACCAGCUUCAAGUGCAAAUUGACUGGAUCGUCACCGACUGUGAGUCUCCAGGGAAGGUAUCCGACGUGACCACAUUUGUGCGAGUUGAACUGCACUUUCCUUCUGGAGAGGAAGCGCAGCAUCUAGAGACCGAGGAGUUCGGUGUGUUUGACAACGUGUCACGUGGCCAUGCAGACAUGCUUUUUCAAGUAAACACCGCCCACUGGUUUCAUACCCGAUUUGUGGUACUGAAGGUGCAAGGAUUUAAACGCUUGAUGCACGGGGACACAACCACGGAGAUUUUGAUCUGUAGGAAGCGGAUAUCUUUGAGGGGUUUGGAAACGCUGGCCACCAUCUCCUACAUGAGGGAGAUGCCUCAAAACCAAGGUGUACUGGAGGUGAACAUUAGUCAAUGCAGACCUUUUAAU